UGUGAGUGCUGUUUAAAAAAAAUUUGCGACCUUUCACACUUAAAGACACAUUUGAGAGUCCAUACCGGUGAAAAACCUCAUUCUUGUGAAUUCUGCUCUAAGGCAUUUUCUAACGCGUCAAACUUAAAGGAUCAUAUCUGUAUGCACACUGGCGAAAAACCAUUUCCAUGUGACAUUUGUUCGAAGACAUUUGCUCGAACUUCAUUGUUAAAGGCACAUACUGGCGAAAAGCCUUUUUCAUGUCACAUUUGUUCAAAGACAUUUGCUCAAUCUUCAGUCUUAAAGGCACAUAAGAGAGUCCAUACUGGCGAAAAGUCUUUUUCAUGUGACAUUUGUUCAAAGACAUUUGCUCAAUCUUCAACCUUAACGGCGCAUAAGAAAGCCCAUGAUAACAAGAAAAUCUCUGAACAACAAUCAAAAACAUGUGGUUACGACAUGUCUUGCAAUUUGAAGACACACAUGAGGGUUCAUACUGGCGAAAGACCUCAUGUGUGCGACUGUUGUUCAAAGACAUUUUCAAAAGCUGCAAAUUUAAUAAAACACAUGAGCGUCCAUACUGGCGAGAAACCAUUUUCAUGUGACAUUUGUUCAAAGACGUUUUCUCGUGCUUCACAUUUGAAGAGACAUUUAAGUGUCCAUACCGAUGGCGAAAAAGCAUAUUCGUGCGAAUCUGGACUGCAUGACAUGGGAUUUGAACAGCCUUCAACUCAUUCAUCAGAGGAAUUGAAUUUUACCGAGCUAAUUGCCUAA